CGUCACCGCUGCAGGAAACAUGGCGGCGUCCGGUGUGCGAGCCGUGGGAUUAUUCCUGGGGAAAUGUGGGAAUUACAGCACGGGUAUAAACACAGUCACCUCGCAAAUCAGCCGGCAGGUGCUGAGCCGGCAGAUCUGUCUGAGUUCUGGUCUCUGCAGGAAGAACCAGGCGGCUGGAGGGACCCAGUACACGCCAGAGUUCUUCAAGAGCCAGAUAGAGGAGUUUGACAUCGGGAAACGACAUCUGGCCAACAUAAUGGGAGAAGACCCUGAGAACUUCACCCAGGAGGACGUAGACAGGAGCAUCGCCUACCUCUUCCCCUCCGGCCUGUUUGAGAAGAAAGCUCGGCCCGUCAUGAAGCAUCCUGAGGAAAUCUUCCCGAGGCAGAGAGCUGUCCAGUGGGGAGAAGACGGCCGGCCGUUCCACUUCCUGUUCUACACCGGCAAACAGUCCUACUACUCCUUGAUGCAUGAGCUCUAUGGCAAAAUGCUGAACAUCGAGAAGUACCAGGACCGCCUCCGAGCCAAGGGACUCUUCUCCAAAGAUGCCAAGCAGAUCUCUCUGGGGACGAGCCGGUGGCUGAUAAAGGAGGAGCUGGAGACGGUGGUGGCCGAGAGCAUCUCCUCCCAUGACUACGACCGGUUCAUCCAGCUGAUGGAGCGGCUGCUGUCCAUGCCCUACAGCAGCACGGAGGAGGAGUUCAUCCAGCGCUACCGCCGCCGGCUGGAGGCUCAGUCCAGGCAGCAGAUCGUACCGCCGCUGCAGACGGACGACAGAGGAGUGGCCUUCAGCACCUCAGACGGUCGGAGGAAGUCGUGUAACUCGUCUGUUAUUCUCCGAGACUGCGGCUCCGGACGCAUCACCAUCAACGGUCAAGACUACCUGCAGUUCUUCUCCGUCCUGCAGGACAGGGAGCAGCUGAUGUUCCCGUUUCAGUUCGUGGGCCUGCUGGGACGCUUCGACGCCGACUGCAAGGUGAGCGGCGGGGGCCGGACGGGCCAGGCGGGGGCGCUGCGGCUCGCCAUCUCCCGCUCGCUGCUCAGCUUCCUGUCGGAGAGAGAAGGGGAGAUGAUGAGACAAGCUGGCCUGUUAACAGCUGACCCACGAGUGAGGGAGAGGAAGAAGCCGGGCCAGGAAGGAGCACGACGCAAGUUCACCUGGAAGAAACGCUGAUUUGGACCAGAGAUCUUACCUGAACUGAAAUGUGAGAACAUGUGCAGCUUUGGAACCACAUGAACAUCAACCUCCUGUUUGAGAUGCUCAAGCUGCAGUGAGCGCCCUCAGCCACCAGAUGGAGCUGUUUAAUAAGAAGUGGUAUUGUGUUGUUUGUCAAUAUAUAAAUAAAUACAUUUAAAACUUUUCAUAUUAAAAAAAAAGAGGAAUGGAUCCUUUCCAAUGUUUUUUUUUCUUUUAACUGUGUAUUUUGACCUGCCACUUACUAGGUUAUAAUGUGUUUAAAAUAUGAGAUUGAUUAAAACCAGUGAACGGAGACCAAAAGGCGUUAUCGGGGAUAUUUGAGG